AUGUCGACUCCCUACCGUGCGACCCGUCUCCUCACAGCGCUGGCCCGCCCAGCGAGGGCAGCGGCGCCGUCUCUCCGCACAGCAUCCCGAACAGCCGUCACCCGCCGAACACUCACAUCCUUCUCCUCCUCGUCCUCCCGACCAUCCGUCUUGCGCAAGACCGCCGCCACAACCCUUCCCUCCCAGCGCCGCACAAUCUUCAUCCAGACCGAGCCGACGCCCAACCCCGACGCCCUCAAGUUCCUCCCCAACCACCGCGUCCUGCCCGAAGGCAUCUCGGUCCCCUACAUCGAGUACCUCAACCCGCGCGCCACGAUCGCGCCGCCGCACCCCUCGCCGCUGGCCGCCCAGCUCCUCGCCAUCGACGGCGUGACGGCCGUCUUCUACGGCGCCGACUUCAUCACCGUCACCAAGGCCGCCGACGCCAACUGGGCGCACGUCCGCGCCGAAAUCUUCGCCCUCAUCACCGAGGCCAUCACGUCGGGCGCCCCCCUCGUCGUCGUCAAGGAGGGCGCCGAGGCCGCGCCCGCCGAGGAGGACAGCCUCGCCUACAACGAGGACGACAGCGAGGUCGUCGGCAUGAUCAAGGAGCUGCUCGAGACGAGGAUACGCCCCGCCAUCCAGGAGGACGGCGGCGACAUUGAGUUUCGCGGCUUCGAGGACGGCGUCGUGCUGCUGAAGCUCCGGGGCGCGUGCCGCACGUGCGACUCGAGCACCGUGACGCUGAAGAAUGGCAUCGAGGGCAUGCUCAUGCACUAUAUCGAGGAAGUUAAGAGCGUGAACCAGGUCAUGGACCCCGAGGAGGACAUUGCGCUCGAGGAGUUUGCCAAGUUUGAGGAGAAGCUCAAGGCGCAAAAGGGCGAGGCUGCCACGGCCUGA